CGUCACUAUGCCACCGUUACAGCAGAAGGCAGCGCGUGGGAGCUUUAUAAAUAUCUCUCUCCCACUUUUCUCGGUUUAGUGAUAGAUCCCGCUGAAGUGAGGCUGCUGUCACACUGACUGACAUUCAGUAGGUGUUAAUGUAAGGUCUCAGUUUAGUUAGGAGAUAAAUUACCGCCUCCGAGCUGUGUGUUUUUUUUUCUUCUUCAGUUUGAGAGAAGCUUCGGUUAAGCUAGACGCGUUUAAAAAUAAUCCAAGCUAGCAGGCUGAUUAGCUCUGUGUAUCAUCCACGUACUGGGGGAAAUACACACGGAUUCCUGAAGAAACCGUUUUCCCACAGAUUGUCUUCGAAAACCCCUUGAUGAGCAACUGAUAAGCUGACUCAGCUCGGACAGCGAUGGAUUCUUAUGACGUUGAGGAUAACCGUAUGAGGGAAUCGGAACAGAGUGUCCGAGCGUCCCGCUACAGUGACUCGAAAGACUCGGCUUUGUCAGGAAAACGGAACGGGAAACUCCGUGAGGAUAACGAGAGCUCGACAGGGAAUCGAGCCCGGACCAGGACACGAGAGCGGAACAGGGAUCCCGAUAAAGAUCGGAUCUCUGAUGGAGACCACAGCAGUGUCUCGUCCUACUCAGACGAUUACGAGAACGCCUCGCUGUCUGACAGGUCCUUCUCACCGCGGUCUCCUUCUCCAUCACCACACAGAGGAGCGAAGACACAGAGAGCCUCAAUACACUCAACAGGAGAGCGUAAGGGUGUACCUCGGCGUCCGGGUCCCCUUUCCCUACCCCCUCAGCAGCGCUCCGGCGGUCUGCGCUCUCAGAGCCUCGGUAAAGAUGCUCCUCCUAAAGACCUGGACCUGGUCACCAAGCGGCUGCUGUCUGCCCGCCUGCUGAAGAUCAGCGAGUUAAAGAACGCACUGGCUGAGCUGCAGCUGCGCACCGACGAGCUACAGCGAGAAAACCGUCUACUCAAGCAGCUUCAGCUGCGCCACGAGAAGGCCCUACACCGCUACAGCGACACGGAGAGCGAGAUCUCACAGCUCAUCUCGCGCCACAACAACGAGACGCACACUUUACGAGAGAGGCUGCGGCGCAGUCAAGAGAAGGAGCGUAUGGCUGAGCGCCGCUGCACGGAGGCAGAUUCGCAGCUCCAGCGCUGCCGAGACCAGCUGCACAAACUGCAGCAGCUCGCAGACGACCAGCGUCUCGGAGAAAGAGACGAGCUGGCACGCAAGCUCGCACACGCACAGGUCAAAGCACAGGAAAGUGAGCGCCGAGUGAAGGAAUUGGAGAAGAACAUGGAGUUGAGUACAGGGAGCUUUCAGAGGCAGUUGGUGAGCGAGCGGAAGAAAACCCAUGAUGCCCUACAGGAAAUCCAAACACUACGAGAGGAAAUGGGCAAGCUAAGUGCCAAACUAAAGGAGAGAGAACGGGAGCUGGACACUAGGAACAUUUACGCUAAUCGAAUGCUGAGAGGGGCUUCAAAGAAAGAUUUAGAAGAUUCCACCAGGAGGAAAGGUGCCAGUAGAAGCAGCAGUAAAGCAGUGCAGACUGAAGACAGGAAGCUCUCUCCAGACUUCCCCUCUCCUCCUCCUGCUGUCACUAAUGGCAGUGAGUUUUCCUGCGAUGACCAGACGGAUGACUACCUGUCUCUGAAGGAGCGGCACAGCAGUGAGCAGAGACAGACGGAAGCAGAAGAGCAAAGGAUUCAGGAGACGGCAAGAGAGCAGGAGGAAGAAAGAGCACGGGGGAUGGAGAUGGAGGAACAGGAGAGAGAGAAAGACAGACUUAGGGAAAGAGAGAGAGAAACUGAAAAAGAGAAAGAGAAGGUGCAGAAGCAGAGAAUAAAUUUUGAGUUCGACCUGAAUGAAGAGAAAGGGACGAGGCAAAGAGAUGGGUGGGACCGAGAUGAAGAGGACAGGAAGCGGCGAAGUGAGUGGCAGAAUGAGGAAGAGAAAGGUAAAGAUGAAGAGCCACGCUUGAGCGAGGAGGAGAUCCAGGCCAAUCAGGUGCGUGCAGAAGAAGAACGCAGACGCAAAGACCACCUUUUGGCCAAAAUGCGUGAGAUUGACAUGCAAGCUCAGGCACAGGACUCCGGCUUCUUCCAUGAUGAAACAGGAAGCGCUCGCACUCCUCCUCGGAAUCAGAGCACCUCCAUCUUCGGCUUCGCAGAACCUCACGAGUAUCUGAGCACACCCAAGACCGGGAAAAUGGGCGGAGCUCUGAGAUCACAGAAAACCAAUCAGGAUCUUGAUCUCACCUUUGGCAGCUAUGCUCCAUCAUUUGGUAAACCCGCUCCUCGAGCAGGUCUCGGACACCGGAGCCCGAGCCAGACUGUGGACCAGGCAUCAGGAGACGAGAAUGGAGGGAUGGACCUUAGUGGGCUUGCGAAGGAGAAGAAGUCCAACCUCAUGCAGCAGCUGUUCGGGUCUGCAGCCUUGUCUGUGCCACCUGAGUUACCCAGCAAGAUGGAGCUCCUGAGUUCUCCCAGCACAAUAUCUUCAUCAAGUGGACGCAGAAGAGACGCAGAGACGCCCAACAGGCUGAAAAGGACCACGCUGCACGUCUCCGAGAGUGGUCCAGCUGUUAGGGCCAUUACGACACUCGACGAUGACAUUGAGGAAGUCACGCUAUGAAGAAGCAUCUCAUUGAGAUCGUUCAUUUUCUGAAAUACAGAGAGAAUGAGGAAGUUUCCCUACUUUUAUAGACAAAGUUGAUUCUUUUUUUUAAAUGAAAACCAAGCUCAGGUUGUUCCAAGCUGCAGAGUCAGAUUCCUGGCAGUCACUGAAAUAAACUGCAAUGAUAUUUAAUCUUUACACCUGGUAAAUUUCCAUAGCCUCCAUUUUCAUUUCAAACAGAAAUGACCUCUGUGUAACAACAGAAAAUAUAAGCACAUGAAAACCCAAUAGAUACAGUAUAUUUGGCAUAUAUAUAUAUAUAUAUCUAUAUAUAUAUAUGUAUAUAAUCUGGCCUUCAUGUAACUUUACUAUGAUUACAAACUAAAGAGGUCUUAGAAUUAUAUAUAUUUUUUACACUUUGUUGUCUUUAUAUAUUUAAAGAUGAGUAUGAGUAAAAACAGGUGUGUAUAUUUUAAUAUAUUUCAAAAGUUAAAAGUUAAUUAGUAAUAAAUAAACAGGUAAUGAAUAAACAUGGGACCAGUAAACUGAUUCAAAUGCAGAUGCUUCGUCCCAGAUCGCCUCCGAUUGGCUGACGCAUAGUUACAUCAGAAUAUAUUCCGUGUUUUUAAAAAAAUUAAUAGACACUGUAGCAUUUGAUACCAAAACGUCCUUACUAACCUACCCUUAUAUGAGAAAAUGCUGAAUACUGGUAUACUUUUUAUUAUUUCCAACAGGGAUUUUUAGGGGCAGGGAUUUUUUUAACUGAAUUUAUCAUAAACACAGACAGAUUUACUCUGUGUUAUUCUUGGGAUGAGAUAUGAUAGUUUUCUCUCUUAACUUCCAAUCUGUGGCGUUUGCACUACAUUAUAAAGCACCAAACCACAAAUUCCCAUUAUCAAAGUUGUUAUAUUCGUUCUUGACUUAUUUAUAAUAAAUAUGUAAUAAUAAUAAAUUAAAAUAAAUUCCACCCACCCUCUCAGCCCACAUUUAUUUCAUGAACAUAAUCUAAAUCAGAUAUUAUGCUUAUUAUUUAAAUGUGCACCAUAAUAUUCUGGCAUUGUUCAUGAAAUAAAUGUGUGCUGAGAGGGUGGAUGGAAUUUAUUUUUAAUAUAUUUUACAGGUAAAGGGGUCUCUGGCUGCAAAACAUUUUGAGAACCCCUGCGCUAGUCUGAUCUACUUAAACACUAAUAUUUUUGCAGUUACAGCUCGGACUACAUCUCCACAGCAUAGCAAAUAUCCAACACCUCAGUGCUAAAAAGCAUCCUAACUAAUGGAGUUCAGUUACAUGUGACUAUAUUUUACUAUUAUUUUUACGCCAUAGCACUUCUGGGAAACCGUGGCCUGAAUGUCUGAAAGGAGAGAAACCAUGAGCCACCAUGUUUUUUGUUUAAUGAGUUACAUUGGAAAAAAAAAUUCAUGGAUGUUUAAAUUAAGGACAGACUUUCCACUUAAGUAAAAUAUUUAGGUUCAUGAAAAAGUAAAUAGGUGAAUAAUGGCAGGUUUAUGUUGAACUCCUUAAACAGAAAUACAUACAUUUACAAACUUAAUUUAUUGUACUAACAUGGACAUUAUAGCAAUAUGUAAAUGCAACAUAAGGCCAUAAUGACUUUGAAUAUUAUAUGGAUAUAUUUGCACACCACUAUUAAUUUAGAUCCAUGUUCUCUUCUCUUCAAGUAGUAUAUUUAUAGUAUAAUGUUUACUUAGUCAAUCAAGGAAUUAAAAUUAAAAUAGGUUAAAAUCGCCCUGUAAAUCCCAAAAUUGUGGAUGUCCACAAACUUUAUGGUGAGCACUUGUGAAAGACGUAUGUGUUGUAAUUGAUGCAUUUUGUAUAAAAGACAUGCUUCCGGCAACAUGGCAUUUAUUUAACAUAUCUCAGGGGAAGUGCUGAGCUAGAGCUGAGUCACUAUGAGCUAAAGAGUACAGAGCACCACUACAACACACACGUGUACACCUUUAUAUUUUGUUAUUUGUUAUUUUUAUAAAAGAAUAUAUACGCAUAUACACAUACAGCGCGGUACGGAAGUCUGAGAGCACUAGUGAAAAUGCUUCUAUUUCACAUUCUUUUCUAAUUUAAUACAACAGUUUUUAUUACAACUUAUAUUACUGACAACAACUUGAGUGAAAAGGAGAAUCUUUGAAAUAUUUACAUGAAUUUAAGAGUUUCUUAGUAUUUAGUACGUCCCCUAUUGACAGUGUGCACAAGUUUGUGCAAAACCUUAUGCUCCAUUUUAGAUCAAAUCCAUCAGAGUGUUGUCUGAUCACAUGAAGAGAUUAGACAUGAGGAAAAUCUGACAAAGCAGUUAACAUGCUCAAUAUCACACACUUGCGUACAGUUAAACAGAGACCUGGAAAUAGUGCAGAAUCUUGGGUAUUAAAUAUUCAAGCUAUUGAACAUUUACUUUCUUGGUUUUAAAUAUUUCAGAAUUCUAAAACCUUUUAAAAUCCCAGAUUUUCAAUGUCGGCUCAGACUUUUGGACUCCCAUGUACAUUCCAUAUAUUCCAUAUUCAGUUAGAGAUAUUUUCGGAUCUGUUUUGUACUGAUCGUAGUCACUAUGAGAUAAAGUGCACCACUACCACACACUUGCAAGCCUUUAUAUUUUCUUCCCAGUCGAUAUUUGCGAACGUGAUUAGAUAAUUUGACACGUUUUGUUGAAUAUAUUCAUGUAUAUGUUUGGUAGAUCAUUUAAAUGUGCAUUAUGGUGUAGGAUAUGGUUUUGUUUCAUGUGACCUGAUUUGAAUUAAAUGGUUAAAAACAA